AAAGCCAUAAAUUGCUUCUGGGCAGUAGUACCACACAGUUUGUUUGCCAGAGAGAGGGGGAGAGGUAGAGAUAGAGAGAGGGGGAGAGCGAGCCGGCAGCGGCGGCGGCGGCGCCAUCACUCCGUUCUUCUCCGCUGAUCUGGGGCGAGGGGAGUUGCAAAUCUAUCAAUGGCCACUCACACUACCUAUUCAGUCCGCGUCUCCUCGGAGACCCACAAGAUUGAGGCCUGGGUAGUGUCUGACGAAGCUCUGGCCAGGCAACUGCAGGAGGAGGAGAACACGCAUGACGCUGCUGCCGACACCAGAGAAUUCGCCGGCAAUGUGUCCUUGGAGUUAUCGUCACCGGCUGUUGAGUACAGGCCUACACAGAAUGCAGCUCAGGUUGCAAGGGAAGACAAUGUGGACCCAGAUAAUAUGUCAUACGAGCAACUACAAGCAUUAGGGGAAGCAGUAGGAACUCAGUCCAGAGGGUUAUCUGAUGAGCUGAUAGCUUACUUGGAGCCAUUUAGGAACAAGUGCACCUUCUUCUCCAGGAAAAAGAACAGCGAGGAAUGUGUGAUCUGCAAAACAACAUAUAAAAGCCGGCAGAGGAUGAUAAGACUGCCCUGCAGCCACUGUUAUCACGCAGAUUGCAUAACUCGCUGGCUUAAGAUCAACAAGGCAUGCCCAAUCUGCAACGAGGAGGUGUUUGGAUGAUCUACAACGCACCUGGCAAAUGCUGCAGUUUUAUCGCUAUUGGCUUGCAGCAUCCUUUUCAGAAGACGUUGGACACAUAUACAUGGUCAAUGCUUUGUGAUUAUGUGAGCCUAGUUGGUGCCCUUUGCUUAAGAAAACUACCCAUAGGUCUACACGUACUGGUAACUGGACCAGGUCGUGUUUUAUGAUGCAUCUAUCCAUCUUAGUUUUAUCACAAAUUGGUAAAUCUGUGUGGGUAGUUUGGUAGUUUGGUUGCCGUUUUCCUGAAUAUAUGAAGGAUGUUUUUUUUUCCUUUUGAGAAGUUCAAGCAAGAGCAGUUAAAUAUGAUGAUAUGAUGAUUUGAUUCUGGCAAGAAACAAUAUUGUAGAUGUUCUA